AUGGAUCAAUCAGAGAAGACCGAGGCCGAGCAGAAGGCACUAUCAGCACAAUGCUCGAUGAUUCGCUGUCGCAUUCGCAACAUCGUAACUUCCGCAAUCAGCGGCGAUUUGCACAUGAUGCCGAAGCCGUACAAGCCGGUCAAAAUUCGAGACGCCAAUGACGCGACCUGGAAGGAGCUCUCGCAAGAGCAUGAUAUCCUAGUCAAGAAGAUCGGGGAGAUGAGAAAGACUACUGAAGUGAAGAAGAGGAACGAUGUCAUUCGCGCGCUGAGGAUACAGUAUCCGAAGGUCGCCAAAAAGUUUCCAGAGCCACAAGACCCAGUCGAAAAGCCAGCACCAGCACCGGUUGAGAAGUCUGCCUCAGCUGAGAAGUCACCACUCCCGCGAUCGACCUUCACUGAGCCGCCGCCAUCAUAUGACAGUGCCUGUACUGUUCCAUCCGCGUCGAGAGCAGCUCAGCCUCACGGACUACCUUCAAACUCCAUCUUCAAGCAGACCUCUUCGAGCCCAUCCUUGAUGGGUCCACCACCAGUCCCAACCAACAAUCUCAAGCGUCCAGCUCCAGGCCUCUGGCCAUCUCAGCUCGGCAAAGGCAUCAAACAAGAACAACCCAUCGACCUAGACUCCGACGCCGACGACAACUCCCUUGAGCCCGAAGAUCCAGCCGAAGACGACGAGUACAAUCCAUCCACAGAAGCACCAAAAUCCCGCAAAGAACGUGUCGAAAACCGCGCCACCAAACGCGUCCGCUUCGAAGAUUUCACCUCGAAACUCAAGCGCGCAAUCAGCAAGCCAGCCUUGGAGUAUGAGCGUCAGCAGUUGAAGUUCAAGUAUGAGCUGCAGGAUAUCGCGAUCAAGAAGAAGAUUGCGGAUCUUGAGGGGGAUAAGGCUAGGGUUUUGGGGUUGGACAUGGAGGCUUCGAAUAUUCAGUUUGAGAAGAGCAAGGCUGAGUUCGCGAAGAAGAUGGAGGAUUUGAAGUAUGGUGAGGGUCAGGGUGGUCAGAGGGAGUGA